CCUGUCCAUCACCACAACUGCUCCUUGAUAUCCUUUCCAAAGUAUGCCGCUGCCCAUAAAUACGGAGUAAUAGCCACAGCUUAGAACAUGGGCUCUGAAAAAAACUUGAGACAAGCCUGCAUCGAUGGUAACCCGGAUCAAGUGCGGGAGAUUCUGGAGUCACGCAAUGGCCUCGCCCAGGCGGAUUUGAACAAGGCCCUCGGCGCAGCUACGUACUCUAAUCACCUCGAGAUUGCGAAGCAGCUGCUUGAUCACGGCGCCGAAAUCACUGAAUUCGCGGUUCACGGUGCUACCUACUCCCUCAGUGUGCCAAUCCUGCAGCACCUACUUGACCGUGGCUAGGAUGUCAAUUCAGUCGGCUCGAACAGCCCCGCCCUGAGGCUAGUGGUCCGGAGCAAAGAAUGCACGCGCCUCCUCUUGGAGCAUGGCGCCGGCCCAAAUCUUAGGAAGGCGAGGCUUUAUGCCCUUGUCAACAGCUAUUGGCCAUG